AUGAUUUCAGCUAUCUCCAGCCCCUGGCUCACCCAGCUGUCCCAUUUUUGCGAUGUUGCAGCUUUCACGGCCAACAGCCUGAGCAGCCUGAACGCGUCCGGGGGGUACCACCUCUCCCCCUCCCCGGGGGACGCGUACGGACAGCAUGAGCCGCCGCACUACGAGCCCUGCCCGGCUCCGCAGCACCCGCACCCGCCGCCCCAGCACGGCUACCCCUUCGCGGCGGCCGGGGCCAACCCGCCGCCCCCCGGGCCGGAGCCGCCCGAGGGCGCCGGAGGGGGUGCAGCCGCGGGCCCCGCCGCCGUCUCGGGCUGCUCAGCGGGGCCACCCACCGCCGCCAAGGCGCCCGUGAAGAAGAACCCCAAAGUGGCCAACGUGAGCGUGCAGUUGGAGAUGAAGGCGCUGUGGGACGAGUUCAACCAGCUGGGCACCGAGAUGAUCGUCACCAAGGCCGGCAGGCGCAUGUUCCCCACGUUCCAGGUGAAGAUUUUCGGCAUGGACCCCAUGGCGGACUACAUGCUGCUCAUGGAUUUCGUCCCCGUGGAUGACAAGCGAUACCGAUACGCCUUCCACAGCUCCUCGUGGCUCGUGGCCGGCAAGGCCGACCCCGCCACCCCUGGCAGGGUGCACUACCACCCCGACUCCCCGGCCAAAGGGGCGCAGUGGAUGAAGCAGAUCGUCUCCUUCGAUAAGCUCAAACUCACCAACAACCUGCUGGACGACAACGGGCACAUCAUUUUGAACUCCAUGCACAGAUACCAGCCGCGUUUUCACGUGGUCUACGUGGACCCCAGGAAAGACAGCGAGAAAUACGCGGAGGAGAACUUUAAAACYUUCGUGUUCGAGGAGACGCGCUUCACGGCUGUGACCGCCUACCAAAACCACCGGAUCACACAGCUCAAGAUCGCCAGUAACCCUUUUGCCAAGGGAUUCAGAGACUGUGACCCUGAAGACUGGCCCAGGAAUCACAGGCCCGGGGCCCUGCCUCUCAUGAGUGCUUUUGCCAGAUCUCGCAACCCGGUGUCUUCCCCUGCGCACCAGAAUGGGACAGAGAAAGACGGCGCCGAGGCCCGGCGGGACUACGAGCGGGAGGCGGCGGGCGGGACGCCCCUGCACGGCGACCCCGCGCACCAGCAGCUCAUGUCGGGCCGGCCGAGCCCCCCGCACCACGAACUGCGCCUCGAGCCCGCCGCCUCGGAGCCGCUGCACCACCACCCCUACAAGUACCCGCCGGCCGCCGCCUACGACCACUACCUGGGCGCCAAGAGCCGGCCCGCGCCAUACCCGCUGCCCGGCAUCCGCGGCCACACCUACCACCACCACCAUCACCACCACAUGAACGCGGCGGCCGCGGCGGCGGCGGCCGCCGCCAACAUGUACUCGUCGGCCGGCGCCCCCGCCAACUACGACUACGGGCCCAGAUAACGUCACCACCCCGGCCAGAGACUAGCGGCGGCCGCGACCGUUAGGACCGUUGCCGUGCUCCCCAUCUUCCCGCCUUUCCCUCCCUUCCCGCCUCGCGAGC